GCCGGACGGCCGGAAAGUAAGCAGCUACAAGAAUUGGUGCGCCAGCUCGAAGUAGAGGAUGCAGCGAUCUUGUCAGCGACUGGGGAAGAAAUGGCAAACCCCAGUCCGACAGAUUGGUUCACCUUUUGGAAUAAGCGCUCGGCAAGCAGAAUUGACAGUGAACUGCUGGAGGAGCUUAUUGAGCGCGAGGUCGGCAGAGGCAUCACAGCAUCAACUUGGAAUCAGACAACCAGGGCCUGUGUGGAAUGUAUCAAACGCAUCCAGAAGCGGGUGAAACAACGCAGGACUCGGUAUGUCAAGAAGCUUCAGAGCCAAGCGCGCGCACAAAUCUUUACCAUAGAGGACGCAACAGCAAACGUAGCAGAGGAGCAUCAUGAGGCAGCCUUAAUGAGAGAAGGACAGCGGCUCGAACGAACGACGGAACACCUCCGGUGG